CUAUUAAAAUCUGAGAAAACGAAAUCGUCUUCAUCAUCCUCUGUGGUGCAGACAAGGAGAAGAAGAAGAAGAAGAGAAGAGAUGGCUAAGAGCAUAUCGUACGUCACAGGUUCUCAGCUUCUCUCUCUAAAACGCCGCCCCAAUAUCGCUGUUGUAGAUGUCAGGGACGAUGAGAGGAGUUACGAUGGGCAUAUAACUGGUUCACUCCACUAUGCGAGCGAUACUUUCUCUGACAAAAUGCCCAAUUUAAUUCAAGCUGUUAGAGGCAAAGACACCCUUGUCUUUCAUUGCGCCCUAAGCCAGGUUCGUGGUCCAAAGUGCGCACGUAGGUUGGCAGAUUACCUUGGAGAACUGAAAGAAGACAUGGGAAUAAAGAACAUUAUGGUUUUGGAACGUGGUUAUAAUGGUUGGGAAGCCUCUGGUAGACCUGUUUGUCGAUGCACCAACAUCCCUUGCCAGGGUGACAGCGCGUAGAACAUAUUAUUAUUAUUAUUAUUAUUAUUAACCCAUGUUGGGGACAUUUAUUGCAUUGUAUGCAGAAUACAUGUCUAAACAAUGACAAUUACUUCAUAUCAUAGAAUAUGUGAUCCGUUGUUGGUCAGCAUAUGUUGAUUACUUGAAGUUACCUUUAUCUAUUUUUGGGAAUUUCCAAGUGGGAUUGUUCUACCUCUUCUAAUUGUAAUUUUUUUGAAUCAAAUAAGAGAUUAAUGGACAAGGCUUGCUGGGUUCUUAUAUUA